UUUGACUGGCAGGCAGUGUUGGAUUGGUCAAGAUGGCGGUCGUUUUCUUUGGACCUCGGACGAAUAUUGAAUAGCAAGUUUUCAAGUGGUUUGUGUUCAAAAGUUUAGGAUUCAAACGCAUUUAUGUUGUAUAUCUGAUCCAUUGAUUCAAUUAUUGAAAUUGGACAUUGUUUUGUGAAAAACAUUUAUAUCGCGAGCUAAUUUCAUUAAAUCACAUUAGUACUUUAGGCCUAAUAAUCUACGUAUCAUCCACUAUAAAAUUCGUCCUAGAAACCAUCUAAAUGAAUAUAAAAUAUAGUGAAAACAUUUUUAAUUUUCAAUUUUGAAUUCUUUUUACAUUAUAUUAUUCAUCAGUUGUGCGUUGUCUAUGAUGAAAGUAGAUCGUGAAGUAAUUGAACAUUAUGGACAUGGAACAGUGCGUCAAUAAAGAAUUCUGUGUUUACAAGUGAAUACUAGGCCUACGACUGAAAUAGUACUUCAAUGAUGAAUUUAGGCUUUUUUAGUGUCGUUGUCAAUGUUUCUUGUAUUGAUGAAAUGUUUUAGCAUUAGGAAUGGCUUUAGACUUGUUUACAAAACAUUUUUUUACUUUAACUCGUCUUCAUUUCAAGUGGACUUUACUAUUUGAAUUUUAUUGUGUGACCAGUCUUUCAAAAAUAUUGAGUCAAAUAUUAAUUAGUUAAUUGUGGGCCUUAUGCAUUGGCCAGAGGCCCUUUAAGGCCUGGCCUUAACAGGCCUUUAUUGGUGCGGAGAUGAGCUGGUAGAAGGCACAGAAUGGGCCCUGCACUGGUCACUUGCACUGCACUGCUGCUUGUGAUUGGAGCCGGGGGCAGCGCAAUAGUAUCCCGGUUCCCGGGAAGCGGGAGCAGUGGGGGUGAAUGCGGCUCAACCAGCACACGGCUGCGACUCAACCAUCUAGCCGUCGACAAGCAGACGGGCAAGGUGUUAGUAGGAGGUGUGAACAGGCUCAUCCAGCUAGACGCUUCACUGCACCUGGAGCAGUGCGUUCUGACAGGCCCCAAGCAAGACAGCGUGCUCUGCCACGCCAGGGGUUGCGACUCACCUGACAUCGAGAAGUCGUCCACUGACAACAUCAACAAGGUGCUGGUGAUUGAUGGCGAGUCGCGUAUCGUCAUCGCCUGUGGCUCGGUCCUGCAGGGCGCUUGUGAGAAGUACAAGGUGGACAACAUCUCGCUGUCCAGUCAGUUGUUGCCUGUCAGUGUGGCUGCUAACGACCCCUCCUCUUCCACUUAUGCCUUCAUUGGGCCUGAGGACUACAGUGGUUGGCGGCCGUCCAAUGUGCUGUAUGUGGGCACCACGUUCACCCGUAAUGGCGAGUAUCGACACGAUGUGCCUGCUAUUGCCAGUCGCAGCCUCUACAACUUAGACAUUGCCGAGUACUCGUUCUCAAAGCAGUCGUUGCUGCGUAUUGAUGUGAAGUACCGUGAUCACUUCUUGGUGGAGUACGUGUAUGGCUUCAACUCGAGUGACUUUGCCUACUUUGUUGUUGUGCAGAAGCGUUCGCAUUUGCCCGGUCAGGAGGAGCUUGGAUAUGUGACUCGGUUGGCUCGGGUGUGCAUAGAUGAUGCCAACUAUGACAGCUACACCGAGGUGACGUUACAGUGUACAAUGAGUGGCAGUGAUUACAAUCUAAUCCAGGAUGCUCAAUUGGCCAAGGCUGGAGCUGACCUUGCUGCCAGCCUGGCUGUGGAUGCUGACGACUAUGUUCUGGCAGGUAGCUUUUCACCGAGCCGUGGCAUCACUGAUGAGCCGCAGUCCGAGUCUGCGCUCUGUAUCUUCAGCAUGGAUGAUAUCGAAGCCAAGUUCAACGAAAACAUCCAUAUGUGUUUCAAUGGCAGCACCAAAUACCGUAACAUGGGAUAUGUUUCUGGGCCUAUUCUUAAUGGAGAUUGUCCUACAGCUGGCAGUACUGGAAAUAUUUUAAACUUCUGUGAAGUUGGACUGAAGAUUUCUGGUGUAGCCCCCAUAAGUACAUCGUCAGCUAUAGACUUUCCCAACACGUUGGUAACGUCGGUUACUGUCACAACGACUGAAAGACAUACUGUGAUUUUCUUCGGAACAUCCACGGGUUAUUUGAAAAAGGUUUUAGUCACUACUGCCAAUUCAGCUAUUGAAUAUGAAGAAAUGUUAAUCGAUGAAGGGAACAAGGUUUUACCAGACACCGUGAUAGCUCCUAAUGGCGAGCACUUUUAUGCGCUCACAACUGCCAAGGUUUUGAAAGUAGCUGUUGAACAUUGUAGCAGCUACGGUAACUGUUCCGCCUGUUUGGAAUCAAAGGAUCCUUAUUGUGGGUGGUGCUCUUUGGAAAGGAGAUGUACCAUUAGGAGUGCAUGUCAGAAGGCUAGUCACAGUUCGCCAAGAUGGUUGUCCCUUGGAACUGGACAACAGUGCAUUGAUUUCGAACAGAUUCUGCCUGAUCGGAUACCUAUCAAUCAAAUGACCAUGGUUCAGUUGACAAUAAGAACGCUGCCGGAAUUACCGUUAGGUGCCAAGUACCGAUGUGUGUUCGGAGACGCAGAACCGAUCGACGCACAGCUGACCGCACAAGGCUUGUCGUGCGGCACCCCCGCCGUAGCAACGCGACCCGUCAUUCCAUCAGACGUAGACCAUGUGCUUGUGCCAUUGGCCGUGCGAUCGUCCGAGACCAACAAGGACUUUGUGUCACGCAACUUCGCCUACUAUGACUGCUCGGCGCACACCAAGUGCGCGGACUGUGUUCGAGCGCAAUGGGCGUGCAACUGGUGUGUCUACGAGAACAAGUGCACGUACAACACCACCAACUGCCAGCGCACUGUCAUUAGUGGACAAAAUAAUCCCGUCCAUUUGAACUUCCAUGGAGUCGGCGAUUGUCCAAGGAUUCGUGAUCCUGACCAAAAGAUUCUUCUGCCCAACAGUGUUCUCAAAGAAAUCGUGGUCGAAGUUGAGAAUCUGCCACAUCCGCAAGUUGGCCAUACUGGAUUCCAGUGUAUUGUCAAUAUUGAAGGUGCCAAAAUGAUGAUUAGUGCCAGAGUAGAUAAGAAUAAAUUUGUUAUCUGCGAUAAAACAAUGUACUCAUAUGAAGCAAACACAGGGGAAUACGAGGCGAGCGUGAGCAUUGUAUGGAAUCGCAACCAUCAUGUGGACACGAUCGGAGUAAUGUUGUACAAGUGCGACAUACUGGGAUCUCACCGCGAACAUCCGGACUGCUCGCUUUGUGUGACCCGCCACACCAAGUACCAGUGCACAUGGUGCAGAAACACUUGCAGCUUUACCGAGACCUGUCAACAUCAGCCCCAAAAUGAGUGCCCAAAACCUCGCAUUGACAUGAUCAAACCUCUAAGUGGGCCUGUUGAAGGAGGAACUUUGGUAACGAUCGAAGGAAGUAAUCUCGGCCUGAAAGAGGAAGACGUCAAGGGAAAAAUUCGAAUCGGAGACACUCCAUGCACUCUUGUCGAGUACGAGGUCUCUGUCAGAAUAGUUUGCAGGACGGGGGCAUCGGCCACUGAGAAGGUAGCUGCAGUCAUCAUUGGAAAUCAAGCCGGCUACACUGAGUCAUCAGUGCACUUCAGUUACAAGAACAUAGUAGUGGUUGGAGUGUCGCCGUCAGUGGGACCAAUAAGUGGGGGCACACAGGUGGCAAUCACCGGCCAAUACCUGAACAUCGGCAGUGAAGUGGCGGCUUGGCUGGACUCGGUGCCCUGUCAGGUUGAGGCCGCACAAGCAUCCAGCAGUCGCCUCACCUGUGUCACUUCUAAUGUGCCCACACCCACUGCUGUCUCCACCAUCACUCUGUCCAUUGAUGCGGCCAACCGCACUAUAACUGCACACGACAACUCUCCACCAUUCACCUACCGCCAGGACCCCACUGUGCUCGAGAUCAAGCCGCUCAAGAGCUUCGUCUCUGGCGGCCGCAUGAUCACUGUGCAUGGCACUAACCUCGACAUCAUUCACAAUCCGGAGAUGUUCGUCUAUGCCGAUUCCUACACCAUGCCCAUCAACAAAUCCGACUGCACUGUUCUGAACCCAACGCAGAUGGAAUGUCCGUCACCAAGUGUGAGCUUCGAGAAGGUAUUGAAACAGUCACCGGGCAAGAUCCAAGGCACGAGGUUGGGAUUGAAGAUUGGAUUCAUCAUGGACCAUGUUGAAGCUUUACUGGACCUAGAAAAGCAUUUCAAAAGCCUAAGGUGUCAGCUGAUCUAUUAUGAGGAUCCUGUCGUUUUUGUCUUCACUGAGAAAAUAAAAUUGUACACGGGAGAUCUACUUGUGAUUGAGGGCGACAACCUGAACGUAGCUACUGAUGAAUCGGAUAUAAAUGUGACAAUAGGUUCGGCACAAUGCAAUGUCACGUCUUUGGCUUCAACUCAGCUCGUUUGUUCACCUCCCGAUGCUCAGCCGGCUCCAUUCGACGAACUCAACAUCAACACUGAUAAUGGACUGCCUCUUGUUGUUGUAAGAAUUGGUCGCUCACUUCGUUUUCCUAUUGGAUACUUGAGAUAUGAAAUGAUGAAUGCGUACUUUUUUCCUCCGGAAGCGAUGGCUGGAAUCACGGUUGCAGUGGUCUGUCUUCUACUUGUUUUCAUAAUGGUUCUUGUACUGUAUCGUCGCAAGUCCACUCAGGCGGAGCGAGAGUACAAACGCAUUCAGAUACAAAUGGACACGUUGGAGAGCAACGUCCGCUCGGAAUGCAAGCAAGCAUUUGCUGAACUACAGACAGACAUGACUGAUUUGACUGCAGAUCUGGAAUCGUCCGGAAUCCCCACUUUGGACCACAACGAAUAUAUCCUCAAAGUAUUCUUUCCUGGCGUGCGUGAUCAUCCCAUACUCACUAACCCAAAGGUUCGAAUAAACGGGCCUCCAACAAACUAUGAUGCAGCGAUGCUGCAAUUUGAGCAACUAAUUGAUAACAAGAAUUUCGUCCUAAUUUUCAUUGAAACUCUUGAAGCCCAAAAUACUUUUAAUAUUAGAGAUAAGGUUAAUGUGGCGUCUUUAUUGAUGGUUGUUCUGAUGAGCAAAAUGGAAUAUGCAACCGAUAUACUGCGCAAUUUACUUUUAAGACUGAUUGAUAAAUCUGUAAGCACGAAACACCCGCAGCUAAUGCUAAGGCGAACGGAGUCUGUGGUGGAGAAGAUGCUCACCAACUGGAUGGCACUUUGCAUGUACAAAUACCUCAAGGAAUACGCCGGGUCGUCGCUGUUCCUGCUAUACAAGGCGAUCAAGCACCAAAUUGAGAAAGGACCUGUCGAUAUGGUCACUCACGAUGCUCGCUACUCCUUGUCUGAGGAGCGACUGCUCAGGGAGCAAAUCAAUCAUGGAGUAGUGACUAUCCGGCUAAUCCAGGAAGAUCCACGUUAUGAAAAGAUACCGUACCAAACGUAUCAGGCAGUACAAGAUGAGUUGGAUGAGAAGACCCAGUGCAAAGUAUUAGAUUGUGAUACUAUAAGCCAGGUGAAAUCAAAAAUAUUAGACGCCCUCUACAAAAAUACACCAUUUUCGUUGCGUCCUUCAAUCUAUGAUUUAGAUCUAGAAUGGCGGCAUGGAAGAGGCGGACAUCUGACAUUACAAGACGAAGAUGUGACGACCAAAUCAGUUUGUGGUUGGAAGAAACUCAACACUCUAGCUCAUUACGGAGUCAAAGAAUCAGCUGUCAUGUCUCUUAUUCCUAAACAGAAUGAUGGCUACAACACAAACUGUAAAACACUUUGUCAAAACUGCACUGGCACCUAUUUGAGCAACUCACUAUCGCCCAUCAUGGCAACGAAUGGAGACAUCGAGUCAGGCUCGAAUGUGCACGUGUACCACCUGGUCAAACCACCCGACGACCACUCCUACAAGUCGACCGAGCAUACUCACAAAGCCAUACCAGAAAUAUUCCUGACACGGCUGCUGUCGACCAAGGGCACCAUACAGAAGUUUGUUGACGAUUUCUUCACAACAAUUCUGACAGCUAAUGAAGAACUGCCACCUGCUGUCAAGUGGCUGUUCGACUUGUUCGAUGAGUCGGCGCGCAGACACAACAUUGUCGACCCAGAAGUUAUUCAUGCUUGGAAAUCAAAUAGCCUGCCGUUGCGGUUCUGGGUGAAUUUCAUCAAGAAUCCGGACUUCAUCUUCGACAUAAACAAGACAACAGAAGUGGACUCGUGCCUGUCAGUGAUAGCACAGACAUUCAUGGACGCUUGUUCGACAUCAGACCACCGUCUCGGCAAGGACUCGCCCUCUAACAAGCUGCUCUUUGCCAAGGACAUUCCACACUACCGCCAGAUGGUCAGUCGCUUCUAUUGCGACGUCGCAAUGCUGCCGCAAAUCACCGACCAGGAGCUCAGCUCUGCUAUGCAUCAGUUAUCCACUGACCACUUCCAUUCGGUCUCCGCCUUGAAGGAACUCUACAUCUACGUCAACAAGUACAGUCAACAAAUAGUGGAAUCGCUGGAAAGUGAUCCUAUCUGCCAAAAGCUGCACUUGGCCCAUAAGCUGGAGAACGUGGCUUGCACACUGGAGGGGGAAGAGACUUCGACUUGCUGACAUUGCCAGUUGCUGCCCUUAAGCCCUCAAGCCUCAAGCCCUCUGAAGCCCGACUGUGAUAUUGUUGCACAACUGUGAUUUAGUCAGCAGUGUAUGGAGAAAAUACAGCAACAUUGUUCAUAUUAUAUAUAUAUAUAUAUAUAUAUAUAUAUAUAUAUAUAUAUAUAUAUAUAUAUAUAAUAUCGGUUAUAAUGACGAUGUGAUACUAUCAUCAUCAUUAUAAUCAUUAGAAAUUAAUACGAAUGAAUUACCAUUCAAUAUUAUGUAUAAUAUUUAUUUUAUGUUGGAGCACUAUUUCCUAAUAUGAGUGCCUCGAAUAUUGAAAACUAUGGAGAAUAUUGGAACUUUUUCAAUUGUAUGAUAUAUACAUUUAAAUGAAUUACACUUUGUGUGUGUACAUAUAUUACUAAUAAUUUCGUGAGUUGGAACGUAAGGGCAUACUAUUGAUAUAUUUUUAACAAUCUCCAGUAGAAAAAACCAAUGCGAUUUUUAUUUUAACUAUCUCUAAAUUUCCUAUUGUACUAUUGAUAACAUCUUGACAUUCCAUAGUGUAGUAGUAUUCAACAGUAGUUUUAAAUUGAAACUUUAUUCCAUCCAGAUUUUAGAACUUUUCCGUAAGUUCAAAUCAACUUGAGAUGUGAUCUAUUCAGGGAUUAACAUGUUUAAUUACUUCUGUUUUCAAAACUAUUGAGCUAUGAAAAGCUAAAACUGACGUACAAUAUUGAUUUUUCCAGGAAAGAGUAUAUUCCUUAUCACCCACGCACAAGCCCAGGGCUCAUGUGGGCAUCAAAACAUCAAUCUACUGUAAAGUAAUCUCAUUGUGAUUUUAUUUUCAUAACUCAAGCAGUAGGAUUAAUUUGUUGAUUUUAGAUUGAGUAGAUAUAGUCUUUUUAUAGAAAGGAGAGACACAAAAAUAUCAUGAAGUUGCGCUUGUGUGCGUCUAAAAUAUAAAAGCUGUCAAGUUUUUUUGGACUUGUACCAGUCCACAAUGCUUUCAUUCUUACUGAAUCAUGUACUGCAAUUAUCCAGUUUAAAUCAUACCGGGAAUGACAAAUUGCAAAAGAAGAAAAAAAACGUUUCUGCCUCAAUAAUUAGCCUCAUUUUAAUGUGAUGCAUUUCCUGUGAUGUUCUCCUCUGUUGUAACUUGCGUUUCGUGUCAAAUGAAACAUAUUUUUCAUUUUCCAUAAUCCACCACAGUUCAACUGAAUCUUAUCAACUUUCAAGGAUAUCUUUAAUCCUUACCUUCCUGUAUAGCCUUGUUGAUUUGCAUUCUUUCAAGUUUGAGGCGAAUAUAUUCCCGUUUCCACGCCUGGAUUACUCAGCUUCAAAUUUUUUUCUCUAUAAAAAUAUAUCAAUAGUAAUUUAUUAUUAUUAUUCUCUGGUUUGCAGGUCCAAAUUCAAUGUACAUUUUUGUGAGCAAAAAUUGAUAAUUUCAGAAAAAAAAUUCAAGAGUAACAUGUGUAGCGUUUUUGUAUAUUUUCUUAGCCAUUUUAUCUAUUUCGUGAAGUAAUAAUUGAAGAAAAUGUGCCAAGGAUAAUGUUGUAAUUGUUAUCAUAACGUAAUUUCAAUUUUUAAAUGGCUCUUGUGUAAAAUGGAUACAUUUUACCUCUUUGAAACUACCUUUACAGUAGCUUUUAGUUCACGAACUGAUUUUAACUAUUGUGUAAGUUUUACAACAUUUUAAUAGCAUUUAGAAGUUUUUUUUAUGUACUUAAAAAUCAAUGCAACAGGUGUAUAAUCUCGAAAAAAAUUGAGUCCUACUUUGAAUUGUUGCUAUAAAUUUCUUGAGCACCUUUAAUACGUACAGUACAGUACCUUUUGGCUGAUAUAAUGUGUGAAAUUAUGAAUCUCUGAUCACAUAUGUAAGGAACCGAUUUUUUAUUUGGUGCUAAUAAAUCACAUAGGAAAACCUAAUCCUCAACGGAAUUCCAUGGGAAUCCCUUGUUCAUACCGGCGAUUGAAUUUCAUUGACUGGGAUGAAUCAGAAUUAGAACUAGCAGGUCAAAUUAAAUUGAAUUACAAUCAAAUUAUCAAAUUAAGUAUUAUAUUCAUAAGUAAUAUUCAAAUAGAGUGUACUAUAAUUUCAUACAAUAGAAAAGUAUAUUUUAUGACGAGAAAUGUAAAAUACAUCAUGAUAUAAUAUUGUCAUCAUCAAGUAGCCUAUCACUCGUGAACUAAGUAAUCAAUUACAUCUUUCAUUUUCCAUUUCAAAUCUAAGCUUGUGAUUCUAUUAUAGUUCUUACAAGUUAGUAAGACACAUUAACUCGUAUUGAAUUAAUAGACCACCAAUUGAUCCAAUUUCAAUUUUACAACUAUAGAAUGCCUAUAAUAAUGCGCAAUCAAACUCAUAGUAUACUAUUUUUGCGCUUUAGAAAAUGUUAUGGUUUUAAUAAGUAUCAAGUUGUACAUCGAAUAGGUUUAUUGGCAUCAAGGCAGACAUUCCUUCGGACAUAAAUAACUUUACCUCCGAAUUCAAUUAACAGUUUUAGUGAAGCAUUCCCUCCAGGCUGGUGCGCUUAUAGAAGGUUCUAACUAUUCAAAAAGACUUUGUUUGUAUUGGAUUUUUUUAACAUAAUUAUUUCAAUAAAAGCAAGUAGUAUGUAUUCGAAAUUAGUACUCUAUUAUAAAUUACAGUCAACUUAUUUCGUUAGUGUUGGGAUAAUUGAGAAUCUCUCAUUGGAAAGACUCAAGAUAAAUAUUAUGUUUGAUGUCUAUCACUGAUAGUAAAAUUAAGAUUUUUUACCUCUAUCGAAUCUCGUAGAUACUUUGUAUAGUUCAUUGUAUUUAUACUAUUCAUUCAUUCAGAUCAAUUUAUUACUCGAUGACGAAAUAAUUUAGAACAUUGAUGUGCUUUAUAACAGUUGUCAGUGGUACUUAGCAUUUUAUAUUGAGCUUUAUCCUCACAAGUACCAGUGAAGUUUGUUUUUUAUAUAAACAUUUAAUUGUGCUAAGUAAACCUAGCUCUAGUACAAAGUGUAGAACAAAGUUUAAAGAAGAUGGAACUGAAGCAGCCGUCUUAAAUUUUUAUUCUGCUUUUUCAAGUGUGUAAUACAGUUUAUAAUUGAUACAUUGUUUUGGUUAUUCUAUUGACGCAUAUUGUUAGGGGAAUUCUGUUUGAUUCCCAUCCAACAUUAUAAAUGAACCAUAAUUGGUUCAUAAAUCUAUUUCAUAGUCUGACUGAUUACAAUAUAGGAGAUAGGGAGAUAUAGUUUAUAAAUGUAUAGUUUGAAUGAUUUCUUACGAGAAUCAUAAUAUUUUUUUGUUCGAAGUAGUCGUCAAAUUAAUUUAAUCUGCUACUCAAAGUCACUGAUUUCACAUCAAGUGCCAUGUAGUACUACAUCUAAACUAGUAAUUUAUUAUGUACACUUUCUCUUCUCUCUCUCUCUCUCUCCUUGCUAUUAAUUGAUCUUAUCUCUAUUAAUAAUACCUCAAUUGAAUUAGUUUACAAUUACUAGAAUGUUUAAUAGGCCUAGCGACUUUUUUAAUAUUUUACUGUAGACGGCUGGCUUUCUUUUCUCUAUUAAAAAAAAUGCUGAAAUUGACAGCAAGCAGUAAAUUUUCUUGAAAAUUCGAUACGUUUUGUUUAAAUUUUGUAACUAUACAAUGUAUAUCAAGAACGUUUUAUGCUUUAACUAAUUUUAUAUAUAGUGUUUAUCUUCUUUUACGCUUACUAUAGUUCUUGAAAGUUUGACAUUUUUUUGUUGAAUGGUUUUUAGUUCUAUUGUAGUAUAAUACAAUUUAAUUAUUUGUUAAUGCGAUGACUUAGGUUUUCAGAUGCCCAGGCAUGACAAAUGACGAGUUCUAAGGACAUGUAUGCUAUUAUUUGUAUUUGUCAUGGCUUGGGUUCCUUUAUGAUUUGCAUCACUUGUGGUUGGAGACGUUUAGAAAUUUGGAAAACUCUGAUUUUUUGUAUAUUAAUUCAUAUAUAGUUAUUUAGACGUAUUGAUUGAUGUGUGAUUCAACUUGAAAUUGUAAAAAUAGUCUUUUCUGUUCUUUUUAGAUAUUUCAUUUUACAUAAUGUUACAUUUUAUAAAUGCAGAUAUUAGAAGAGUCGCAUAACAAUAUUGAUAUAAAUGAAUUGUUUUGUAUAAA